AUGCUCCCUCUCCGAUCCACGCGCACACUGUGUCACUCAGCAUCAGAACCCAUUCUUCUCAGACUCAAAUCCGAGACCGACCCCGACACCCUCUUCCACCUCUUCCAGUCCAAUGCCACCAACCGCCUCCUCGUCGAGAACCGCUUCGCCUUCCGCGACACCGUCACCCGGCUCGCCGCCGCCCGCCGCUUCGAUCACAUCCAUUCUCUCCUCCACCACCAGACCACCCUCCCCCAAGCCCGCCGCGAGGGCUUCCUCGUCCGCAUCAUCUCCCUCUACGGCCUCGCCGGCAUGACCGACCACGCCCUCCGCACCUUUCACCACGCCCGCGGCCCCCGCACCGUCAAGUCCUUCAACGCAGCCCUCAAGGUCUUGGCUCUCUCCCCAAAAUUAGACUCAAUUCUCGAAUUUUUGUCCCUCGUUCCCCCUCUCUAUAACAUUCAGUUGGACGUGUUUUCCAUCAACAUUGCUAUUAAGGCCUUCUGCGACCUCGGAAAGCUGCAAGAGGCUUAUUUGUUCAUGGUGGAUAGUGAGAAUAAGGGUAUUUCACCUGAUGCGAUAACCUUCACUACUCUUAUCUCUGCUUUUUACAAGAGUAAGAGCUGCGAGAUUGGGAAUGGCUUGUGGAAUCGCAUGGUGUUGAAGGGGUGUAUGCCCACUCUAGCCACGUUCAAUGUUAGGAUCCAAUUUCUUGUUAACAAUAGGCGGGCCUGGGAUGCUAAUAAAUUGAUGGAUUUGAUGCAGAAACUUGGUGUUGAACCUGAUGAGGUUACCUUUAAUUUGGUGAUCAAGGGUUUUUGUGUGGCUAGUUAUCUUGACAUGGCUAAGAGGGUUUAUUCUGCGCUCCACGGGAAGGGGUGUAAGCCUAAUGCUAAAAUUUACCAGACUAUGAUUCAUUAUUUGUGUAAGAGUAGGGAUUUUGAUUUGGCGUACACUAUGUGCAAGGAUUCUAUGACAAAGAAUUGGUUUCCGGAUGUAUAUACCAUCUGUAUGCUGCUGGAAGGACUCAAGGGAAGUGAUCAGAUUGCUAAAGCAAUUGUGAUUAUGACGUUGGUUAGGAAGAGAAUACCUCCUUUCGCAUCAGAAUAUUUGGCUUCAAUGCAGUCUAUUUUGUCUAGGAGUUAA